UCAAUCAUAGUCGCCCGAGCAACAACCAGUGGUUCCUUCCCCCCGUUCCAUUCUUUCCUCCCCUCUCUCCCCUCCCAGAGUCCCAGAUCCGAUCUGAUCCCCGCCGGCGACCACCGGGGCACCGCCAUGGCGCUCAGCCUCCGCCGCAAGCAGCUCGAUGUGAUCGUGCGGAUGCUGCAUCUGAACCAGCAGCAGUUGCCGAACGGCGGAGAGGGGCAGGGGGAGGAAGAGGCGUACAAGCUCCUGGUGAUGGAUCCGGCCUGCGUCUCCCUCCUCUCGCCGGUGCUCAAGGUCGGCGACCUCCGCCGCCACGGCGUCACCCUCACCCUCGGCAUCGAUCGGCCGCGGCAGGCGGUCCCCGACGCGCCGGCCGUCUACCUCGUCCGCCCCACGCCGUCCAACGUGGACCGCAUCGCCGCCGACGCCGCCGCGGGCCUCUACGCGUCGUUCCACGUCAACUUCUCCACCUCCGUCCCGCGGCCCGUCCUCGAGCGCCUCGCCGCCGCCUGCGCCGCCGCGCCGCCCGCGUGCGCGGGCCGCGUGGCCCGCGUUGCCGACCAGUACAUCGAUUUCGUCUGCCUCGAGGAGGGGCUCUUCUCUCUGGCCCAGCCCCGUGCCUACGUGGCACUCAACGACCCCGCCGCCGCCGACGCUGACAUCACGUCCCUCGUCGACGCCGUCGCGCUGGGCCUCUUCUGCGUCUUCGCCACGCUCGGUGUGGUGCCCGUUAUCAGGUGCGCACGGGGAGGGCCUGCGGAGAUGGUCGCUGCUGCCCUCGAUGCCCGGUUCCGCGACCACCUACUCGCCAAGCCCAACCUCUUCACGGAGGCUGCAUCAGCCGCUGUUGCGUCGUUCCAGCGCCCUGUGCUGUGCCUCUUCGACAGGAAUUUUGAGCUGUCUGUGGGGGUGCAGCAUGACUGGAGCUACCGGCCAUUGGUCCAUGAUGUGCUUGGCUUGAAGCUUAACAAGCUGAAAUUGCCUGCAGAGAAGUAUGAAUUGGAUGACUCCGAUAAAUUCUGGGUCACAAACAGCUGGUCACCAUUCCCCAAAGUUGCUGAGGAAAUUGAGGCACAGCUUGCCAAGUACAAGCAGGAUGUGGAUGAGGUGAACCAGCGCACUGGUGGUGGCAGUGGAGUUGAGUUCGAUGGAACUGAUUUGAUUGGCAACACAAGGCAUCUCAUGAAUGCGGUCAAUUCGCUCCCUGAGCUGACAGAAAGGAAGAAGAUGAUUGAUAAGCACACAAAUAUUGCAACAGCAUUGCUUGGGCAUAUCAAGGAGAGGUCUCUGGAUGGAUACUGUGACUGUGAGAAUGAUAUGCUUGUGAAUGGCACUGUGGACCGGAACACAUUGCUGAGUCUCCUUAAAGGGAAGGGCACCAAGGAAGAUAAGCUUCGGCUAGCUGUGACCUACCUGCUGUCCUUUGAGACACCACCAUCAUCAGAAUUGGAGCAGGUUGAAGCUGCACUUCGAGAAUCAGAAGUAGACAUGUCAGCGUUUCAGUACGUGAAGAGGAUAAAGGCAUUAAACACUCAAUUUGCUGCUGCAUCAGGCACAGCAACCAAGAGCAACAUUGUCGAUUGGGCUGAGAAGCUUUAUGGGCAGUCCCUUAGCGCUGUAACUGCAGGUGUGAAGAAUCUCUUGUCAGAUGGGAGGCAGCUGGCCUUGACGAGGACAGUUGAAGCUCUAAUGGAAGGGAAACCAAACCCAGAGGUGGAUGACUACCUCCUUUUUGACCCACGAGCUCCUAGGUCAGGAACUGGUGGUCAGUUUAAAGGACCCUUCAGAGAAGCUGCUGUUUUCAUGAUCGGUGGUGGAAAUUACAUUGAGUACAGGAGCUUGAUGGAGCUAGAACAACGCACACAGCCUUCCAAGCAUGUUAUAUAUGGUGCAACAGAAAUUCUUAGUGGGGCAGAGUUUAUUCACCAACUUGCGGAAUUGGGGCAGAAAGCUGGAUUGGGUGGUGGCAGCAGCAACAUACCACCAGGUGCAGCGCAGUAGAUAGAAGCUCUUAUGUUAAGGAUUGAUUCAAGCUUCAGAGAUUACAGUAAAUAGGCUUAUACCCCACAUCUUAUUUUAAGGAGUGAUUCAGGCUAUGUAGAUUAGUGGCGUCGAAUUUCCUAAACUCAGGUUUAUGCCCAAUGGAAUGAGCUGUCAAUGCAUAGCUUUGUGGUUAUUUCAAUUUGGCAGUCUGCUAUGAUCCAUUGCCCAUGUAUGCCAAUUUUAAUUUGCUGUAUUCUAUUUCCUUUUGCCCCCUUUUAGUUUACCGAGAAAUUUGUUGGUGGAAUUUUGUUUGCACCCUACCAGGGAUCAGUUCAUGAAUAUUAUGAUCAAACACCAUUUCUGAUCUUUUGAUAAAUUGAUUUUGGUUGAAAUCA